UUCAUGAACGCGUCGUCGCUGACACGAUGAAGUACGCAGCCUUAGCAGCUCUCCUCGUUCUCACUGCCACGCUCACUGAGGGAGCCGUGGUGUGCUACUACAGCUCAUGGUCCACUUACCGAGAAGGUAAUGGAAAAUUCGAAAUUGAAGACAUCGAUCCAUUUCUAUGCACGCACGCAGUCUAUGCCUUUGCUACUCUUGGAGACUUGAAUAGAAUUACAUGGGCCGACCGUUAUAACGACUUGUGCGGGGAAACUCGUAACUGCGGAUACCAACGCUUCACGGCGCUCAAAAGUCUCAACCCAAACCUCAAGACACUCAUCUCGAUUGGUGGCUGGAAUGACGGAUCAAUCAAAUUUUCUAAUAUGGCAGGUUCUGCUCUUUCACGAAGCAUAUUUGUCAACAGCGUCGUGAACUUCUUGGAAACUCACAACUUCGACGGCCUAGACAUGGACUGGGAGUAUCCAACCCUCCGAGGAGGAGUUCCCGAGGACAAGGAAAACUAUGCCAUCCUAUUGGAGGAGCUCGCAGCAGCCCUAGGCUCAGCAGGAUACCUUCUCACAGCCACCGUGUCCUCAAACAAAGAAGUCAUAGACGCUGCAUACAAUGUACCGAGGGUCUCUGCAGCUGUUGAUGCCAUCCAUGUCAUGAGUUUCGACUUCCACGGGCCCUGGGAUAACGCUACUCACCACCACACUAUCCUCUAUCCUUAUCCCGGGGACGUAGAUAACAACGCGUAUCUCAACGUCGACUUCGCCAUCAACUACUGGCUGGAUCAAGGAGCAGCUCCUUCUAAGCUCGUGAUGGGCACCGCAACCUUUGGUCGCACCUGGACGCUGGACUCUUCCUCCAACACCGGCAUGAGAGCCCCCGCCUCACAGCCCGGCAUUGCCGGCCCCUACACCCAGUCUCCUGGAAGUCUGGGCUACAAUGAGCUGUGUGAAAGGAACCUGAACAGCCCAUGGGUGGUCGUCAACGAGCCGGACAUGAAUGAACCGUACGCUUACGAUCUCAGCCUUGAUAACAUCUGGGCCAGCUUCGAUGAUUCUGCAUCAUUGGUGAACAAGGCGUCGUACGCCCUUGCCAAGAACUUGGCAGGCGUGGCGGCCUGGAGUAUAGACACGGACGACUUCUCUGGAGCUUGUGGCUCGGGGCCUUUCCCUCUCAUCCAGACCAUCAAGAACACCUUUACUGGCAUGAAGAGCCCCCAGCACAAACGUCUCGCUAAACCCCGCCUGCCUCGUUUCGUCGCCCCCAAAUCGUCUGCCACUGACCACUGUCAACAACCCGGCAACAACCCUGAACCUACUGACUGCACAAUUUAUUACAAGUGUGAUUUGGAGGGAGGCGUGUACACGGAGGAGAUUGGCUACUGCCCAGAAGACACGCUCUUCAACCCCAAGUCGCUCGUGUGCGACCGCCGCUUCGCCGUGUGCGCGUUUGGCGGCGACGUUUGCCCCAACGAUUGCCGAGUCUGAAUAAUGCAGUUCCGUAUUAGGGACAAUUAGUCCAUGCAUCUUACUAGUGAUUUUGAGUUCUAAAUUAUAAUGAUUCAUCUGCUU